UGCCUCUAAGUUAGCGGUCUUUCCGUCAGGGGAUUUCGACAAAGGUGCCUUCGAAGCUGUACCAGAGUUCAAAGUGUUCAAGUAUUCGAAUGAAUUCACCCCUGCUGACGAACGCACUGGAGACCGCUUAAAGCUCUCAAAGACAAUCCCUUCGCUCAAUCGAUACGCUGGAUAUGGCAAGUUUCAUCGCUUGAGCGAUUUGGAUCUUCAGGAUGCAGAUGGGAGCCAUGGAAGAGAUUAUAAAGAUGAGGUCUUUGUCAUUAGUGAUGGCAUUACUGUUGCUGUAUACAUCGCGAAUGGAAAUUGGCAACAACUCCACAGCAUUCGAUUAUCAUAUGAAUCAAACAACGUACAGCCUGUACCAGGUGAAGCAGCCGUACGGAAUCGCUUUGGGACUGUGGAAGAGAUUGCUGCAAGGACUAAGAAACACGCAAAAAUGUUGAUUGAUACUCUUCAAGGCUGCCUAUGUGCUUGGGUUACGCCAAGAGAGAUCCUGAUCUUGGACUUGAAGAUGGCUCAAGUCUUCCAGCAUAUUAAUCGAGAUGAUUCUGCGCCAGAGGAGGACUUGGUGGUGUUAUCACCAGAUGGAACAAUGUUGGCGACAGCAUUCGGGAAGCAUGUGUCGAUCUACAUGACUCAUAUGGACGGUAGCAUCAGAUCAUCCGAGUUUAAGGAGGAUGUCGUUAACCUUUCCUUCCUGGAUGGGGGCAGACAGCUUCUAGUGGGCUUAAUUUCUGGCUUUGCUAUUUUGGUGAGCCCUUGGCACCCGACAGAAAGUGGUCGGAGACUUUGGUUGCCACGUAUAGAAACUGGAAAAUUGACUGUUGCGCAUAUUAGGAAGAAAGGGUUAGUGACAGCCCAAGGACAUCCUAAAAAGGCUGCUCAGGGCCUAAUCAAAGCUUUUGAGGGGCUUUCUAAAGCUGUUAAAGCUCUAUUUGAAUGGUCUGCUGAAACUCGUCAUAGCCCUAAAGAAGCUUCAGGCUCGCAAGCUUCCUGUCAGGAGGUUCUUCGCUUUCUUCACGAGGAGAUACAAGGCCUUACUAAGGGAGACACCAAAGUCCGUAAUGUGGCCCAUGUCCUUUUAAAGGAUGCCAUUCAAGGAGUUCUCGAGGAGACCGCCCAAGGAAACGAAUCAGACGCCAUUCAGGAUAUAUUUGGAGAUAUCCAAGGCUUUUUAAAAAGUGUCACUCUAGAUCCUUCGAGUAGGGCCGUCCAAGGUCUUUCUAUCGAUGUUUUUCAAGGGCUUUCUAAGGAAAUCCAAGGGCUCCCUAAAGAGGCCCAAGGCCUCCUUAAAGAGACUAUUAAAGGUCUCUCUAAAGAGAUCCAGGAGUGUUUUAAAAAAAGCCAAGAUGGUCUUAAAAAGGAACUUAGAGAUCUUGCCAAAGUGGCUUCUAAAAGACUUUUCAAGGAUAUUGUGGAGAAUCUAUCCAAAGAGGCAACAAAAAGCCAGCCUGGGAAGGCUGCGCUUGAUCCCAAAGAGCUUGCCAAGUUUUCUUCCAUAAAAACUGCUCGAGGGCUUUCUAAAGAAGCCCAAGAUCGUUUCAAAAGAACUGUUGAUGAUCUUUCUAAGAAGAUGCAAGGGCUUUUUGAAAAGUAUGUUCAGGGCCUUUCCAAAAAGUCUUCCCAAGGCCUUUGUAAAGAGACUGUCCAGGAUCUCCUCGCCUAUAGACAAGGGCCAGGAUUGGAUGUUUGUAUAUUGAAAGACUCUUCACAAAGUAUAGGACCAUGUGAUGCACACUGCCAAGCUGGAAAGAGGCUUAAUGAGAACUUUGUGGAAUGCACUGGGCCGUCAGGGCGCAAAUUCAUGUUGGAAAUCCAAUCUAUGGUCUUGGAGCAGCUCGAAGUAACAGCAUUAACAACACGUUAUCAGUAUCGCGAGACAAUCAUUUUGAGCACACCUGGUGAUGAUGGCGCGCCUGAGGUGAUACAUCAGGCAAAUCAUUAUGGGGUGACUGAAUCAACAUUCAAAGCGUUCUUUCUUCCAUGCAACACACGAUACAUUGUCGUAGGAGAACAUUAUAUCCAGAUUUGGAAGCUUCCAGAUGCCAAUCGUUCAGUUUGCGAGCUUUUAGCAAUGAGAUCAAUUCCAUAUGGUAGCCAGCAGAACUUUGAGGGCUGGCUUCCAUGCCAACCAAUUAGCACUUGUCGGCACAGGAACACAAUCCAUAUAGGAAACCCAGAAGAAUGGAUGACCUCACCAUCGAUCGCUGGUGCCUUCGAUUACUCGCCUGAGACACUGACUGGUCAGGAGAAUUUGGAGGCAUGUAUACAGAGCAUUCCAUACUUGAUUCAAAUUUAUGGGGCUUCGGAUGAUCAGUCCCAUCAAAGGGAAAUCCUGUCUUUUGUCCUCAAGCAUAUCAAUGGCUUCCCUGAUCCGCACAAUUACACUGAAUGCGUAAUUCGAAGUAUUAUAGAUGCAUUUGAUGUAAAAGAAUGCGAGCAGUUUUUGAAAGAGCUCUUGCUUUUUAACAAGGAUGGGCCGACUUGGAUCCCUAGGCGCCGACUGGGCGAGAAUGUCAAUCUUAUUUCGUUUAUCAUCAAAAAGGCCGAGGGUCAUCCAAAGCUCGCCUCGACCGCAAGGAUUGUGAUUGAUUAUUGUUGCUGGAUGGCGAAAUCACAGAAAGAGCCCGGAUAUCUAUCAUUGGUCAUUGAAGCGAUCCCAGUCAUGGUUCAGCAAGCGCCGGAUGUCGCACUAGAGGCCAUGCGCAAGAUGGCAUUUAUCCCUGUGAAGCGGCAUAAUUUUGUAGUAAACCGUUCGAAAGUAUGUCGGCCACUGACAAUCAAACGGCUGCUGCUGAUCGACCGCUUUUUCCCAAAAAGAACGCCUCUAUCCAUUUAUAAGGGCAAAAAACCUGUAUUUCAACUCAAGCCGUUCUUACCAUCACAUCAGACGAGACAGGAGGAGGGCGUUCAGGACAACGAGAGCUUCAAGGCAGAUGUGUAUGUUGCUUCAUUUGAUAUGCUCUGGAACAUAGAGGCGCCGCCAAUAAAGAGGAUACAAAGGAUGGACGGACAGUCGAUGUCUCCUUGGAAAAUGCUUUUAUGGAUCGCGCACUGGAAGGCCAAGCCUAGGAGCUUCCAAUAUGUCAGGAUUCACGCUCUGGGCCUAGAGUAUUUUGAUCACCCUGCUAUCAAAGCGCUUAUAGAGUAUAAAUGGGACAAAUUUGCAAGCUCUUACUGGUUGGCACGCUUUUUCUUUCAGUGUAUCUAUUACCUGAUGGUAUUGAUGGCCAGCUUUUUACAAGUAUAUGCCGAGCCCUCAACGACAGUGUUUUUAUUAAUCUGUAUUGUAGCAAUGGCGGUGAUGUUUUUAUGGCUUGAGGUGAUACAAUGUCUCGGAGGCCCUCGACGAUACAUCAAGAAUGCAUUCAACAUUGUAGAUAUUUGUGCCUAUGUACUUCCGCUGAGCGCUAGUAUCGUACAGCUAGUUACACUAGUGCGUGGCGAGGGCGAUGGCAACUCUAGAGUGUUCAGCUUUGCGAUCUUGGCUGUUUACUGGCAUAUACUAUUUGAAUUACGCGUGAUCCAAGGAGUGUGUCAUACGGUAACAAUUAUUUUGCGAGUCGCACGAAAGAUCAAGGUGUUCUUCAUUAUCUUUGCAGCGUCCAUACUUGCAUUUGCACAUACGUUCUUGCAUUUAUUGUGGGCCAAGGCCAUCGACAGCGAAGACCGGACUGAAAACGCCGCAAAUUUCCCUCGUGAUUUCCUAGGCGCCCUUUCUGCCACGUAUUUUUUUAUGGGUGGACGAUAUGAUCCCGUAAGCGACAAAUUUGGGUCCAAUGAUCUUACCUUCCAUAUCAUAAUGGCUCUCUACUUUUUUACUACAGUUAUCCUUAUUCUCAAUGUACUGAUCGCAUUGAUUAACAUGGCAUUUACAACGGUAGAUAAGGACUGGCACAGCCAAUGGCUAAAAAACUUAUACCUGUUUGUUUGGAGAGCAGAAAACAUGUCUUACCAUACGCCGGGUUUCCGAAGUGCUUACCACUGGUUUCCAAAGGAGAUCUAUUAUACUGCUAGUCAGAAAGAUGUGGAGGAUUAUUAUAAAAAGUAUUUCGGAGACAGCGUGGGAUUCUCAACUAUGCCAACCAACAUAGCAAUCAAAAUGGCAACUAACAAGGCAGCCGACAUGGCAGCAACUGGUAUAAGGACCAGUAUAUCAUGGAGCAAUACAAACUAUACGAGUGGACCAUCACUCUCUUCACCAAUGUCUAGGAAGGAGCUUCGAUUUAAGAAGGCAGUAGAAAGAGCGAUGGCAGAGUCCUCAACUAAAAAAACACCUGCAACCACAAUAAACACCUCGAUAUAUGCGGAUAAAAAGGAGCUGAGCCAGCAGCUGGGGAUGAUGCAACGUGAAUUCCAGUCACGCCUAGACGCUAUCCAGGACCAAGCGAACCAACGUCAUUUGGCUUUAGAAAGACAGCUCAGAGUUAUGAUGGAGUUGCUGCAACUGCAACUGCAACAGGAGCAACAGCAUAAGAUAUGAUAGCUUUAAUGAUGAUAAAUAAAGAUAGAUGGGAUCUGUGGGGAUAGAAUCAGAGGCGGCUCUCCACAUCUUUCCACGCAC